AUGCCUUCAGAAGAGACAAAGGAGAGAAUUGUCAAGGCUGUCGACCUCGCUCGCGUCGUCGCCCAUUAUGCGUGGAUUCCUUUCAUCAUCUACGUGGGCUACACUCGGAGCAACCCCCAGCCCUCCUUGAUCAAGCUCAUCAGCCCCCUCGCAUGA